AUGUGGUUGAAAUUGACAGCUGAUGCUCCUAAGCAUGUAAAUAUUCGUGAAAGUCACAAUACACUGAGACCUUGGACAUUACAUCAAAUACGUCAAAACAACUUUAAAGAUAAUACUUUAUCUAUUAAAGAUUUACCACCAGCCUACGAAUUCCCAGUGGCCUUAACAAAAGAAAAAAAAAAAGAUCUUUUAGACAUGUGCAAGUAUAUGCCUCAACAAUACAGUGACUUCUAUACAUCAUUACCUGGAUAA